AUGAAUGCAUUUAGUAAUUUUGUUAGCUCAUUUAAGACACCAUCACCUGAAGAUUUUGAUAAGCAUGGUUUUUUGACUCCUAAGUAAUUUUUGGAAUCAGGUGAUUAAUUAACUUUAAUGGGAUGGAAGUGGGAAAAGGUCGAUGACAAUAAAAAGCUCAACAAAAGUUUGACAGAUCCUAAAAAGUAGUUUUUAACCUUUUAGGGAAGAAGUUUAACAGAAUCAAAAAGAAUGUUUUUGAUGAUUUAGAAGAGAAAGUUAAUAGUGAAGGAUUUGUUGAGACUAGCCAACAAGAAAGCUAAAAAAAAGCAAAUAAAUCGUUAAUCAAAUGCUUAAGAUAAUCAAGAAGAAGAAGAAGAAAUGAGAAUAUAUAACUUUUCUAUUACUUAUGACACUUAUUAUCAUGUUCCAAGAAUUUGGUUUUCUGGAGUUGAUGAAAACCAAAAACCUUUAAAGAAAGAAUAAAUGUUCGAAGAUGUAAUGCCAGAGUAUAGAGACGAAACAGUCACCCUUGAAAAACACCCUCACUUAGGAUAUGAUUAAAUGACAAUCCACCCUUGCAAACACUCAUAAAUCCUUAAAAGUUUUAUUGAUCAAGCAAAGGAAAAUGGAAGAACUAUUAAACCUAAUCAAGCCCUUAUUAUUUUCCUUAAAUUCGUAGGCUCAGUUCUACCCACUUUAGAAAUAGAAACAACUACAGAUUUAGAGAUUUGA